UCUCUAAUCCUCAAUUUCUCCGUCUAUAAAGCAAGCAUAAUACUCUAGGACUUGCAAGGUCGUUGUGAGGAUUAAAGAUCUGUCUGUAAAUUCCCUGCCACAUGAUUCUUUCUGGGCAGCUGAUUUUGCUAAAUCUCAUCUAGGACCAGUUGAAAGGUUUAGAAACUGUCAACACAGAAAAUAUGAUCACUCACUUUGGGAGAAGCCAGCCAUCAUGUUGAGCCAUCCUAUGGAGAGGCCAUGGAGUGAAGAACUUAGGCUGCAAGUCAACAGCUGUAUGAGUGAGCCAUCUCAGAAGGGGAUCCUCUAGCCCCAGUCGAGCUUUUAGAUGACUGCAGCCCUUGCACACAUCUUGACUGAAACCUCAUUCAAGAUGCUGAGCUAGAAACAUCCAACUAAGCUACCCUCAAAUUCCUGACCCACAGAAUUUGUGUGUCGAAAAGUUGUAUGAGGCCACUGUCUUGUGCCAGUGAGAAGCUAAUUGUGAUGAUGGGAAGGCAUCAGGCAGGGGUGGCUAAGCAUAAGGACAGAAAGCACCUAGAGCCAUGGAGGCAGCCUGAGUGGUGGCAUUGAACCUGGAGUGCCUUGUUCCAAUCUCAUUAGGAAACCAGAGAGAAUGUGCUUCUCCAAAAUGAGGGAGUAAACCAAAAAAGAGAAAGACAUGGAAUCCAGUACACAAGAACCUCCCUUAGGAGAGGAAGACAUGAAGUACAGUAGACAAGACAUCCUUCAAAAAAGGAAGACAUGGAAUCCAGUAGACAAGACCAGACUUCUAUCACGAGGGAAGACAGAGCCCUGUAUUUCCUUGGGAAACUACCCCACCCCACUUUUAGUACUCAUUGUUUGGGUGCACCUGACCGCACCCCAAGUUCAAGGAAUGAUCACAUGCUAUUGGCUUACACUGAUCAACAUAAGUACCACCAUAAGUAGCAAUAAGUCUGGCUACGGUUGAUUGGCGCAAGGAUGAAAGAAAGAAUCAAGUUAACCCAAACAGCACAUAUCCCAGAACCUUUGGGUUUAGAGAGUUUAUAGCAAAAGAAGUGUUUUCCAUCUUGGGACUGUGAAGACAUAAGCCUGAAACUCCUGGGAACAGAUGGGGCACACCUGACCCAAUGAACAGAACGAGGAGAUGGAGCAAGACAGCUUCCUAAAACCUAUUCUGAGCAUCUGAAUUCAGCCAUGCUAGAUGUUACAUCUACUCAUGGAUUUUAAAUCUACAAGAGAUGAACAGACUUGUUACUUUCCACUGACUGGCAGCAAUGGCGUUUACUGAAAGAGUCAAAAGCAGCAGCAGCAGCAGCAGCAGCAGCAGCAGCAGCAGCAGCAGCUUGUACAAUGAAGACAGAAAUCUGCUUCGAAUUAGAGAGAAGGAAAGACGCAACCAGGAAGCUCACCAAGAGAAAGAGGCAUUUCCUGAAAAGAUCCCCCUUUUUGGAGAGCCCUACAAGACAGAAAAAGGUGAUGAGCUAUCCAGUCGAAUACAGAACAUGUUGGGAAACUAUGAAGAAGUGAAGGAGUUCCUCAGUACCAAGUCCCACCCUCAUCGCUUGGAUGCUUCUGAAAAUAGGUUGGGAAAGCCAAGAUAUCCUUCAUUUCCUGAGAAGGGGAGCAGCAUUCCACCCCACCCCUUCCACACCAGUGCCCACCACCAGCCUAUUAACACUCCUGCCUCCGGACCACUUCCUGUUGGUAACAAUAGCCACAAUCCAAAGAUGGCACAGCCAAGAAUGGAACCAAUGUCAAAUCCUCAUGUCAGAGGCUAUGGCCCACCAGACAGCCAGCACCUGACCCAAGAUCGCCUCGGUCAGGAGGGGUGUGGCUCUGCUCAUCAGAAAAAAGGUGACCGCAGAGGUGAUGGAGACCGCUGUGCUUUGGUGACAGACUCUGUUCCAGAGAGGGAGCUCUCUCCCUUGCUCUCCUUGCCUUCCCCAGUGGCCCCCUUGUCACCUGUACAUUCCAACCAGCAGACUCUUCCCAGGACACAAGGAAGCAACAAGGUUCACAGCAGUAACAGUAACAAUAAAGGCUAUUGCCCGGCCAAAUCUCCCAAAGACCUAGUGGUCAAGGUCCAUGAUAAAGAGACCCCUCAAGACAGUUUAGUGGCAGUUGCCAGCCUUGGGGUAGCCCCUCCCCAGCCACCUUCUCAGACUUUCCCCCCACCUUCCCUCCCCUCAAAAACUGUGACAAUGCAGCAGAAGCCCACGGCUUAUGUCCGGCCCAUGGAUGGUCAAGAUCAGGCUCCAAGUGAGUCUCCUGAACUGAAACCACUGCCGGAGGACUACCGGCAGCAGACCUUUGAAAAAACAGACUUAAAAGUGCCUGCGAAAGCCAAGCUCACCAAGCUGAAGAUGCCUUCUCAGUCGGUUGAGCAGACCUACUCCAAUGAAGUUCAUUGUGUUGAAGAGAUUCUAAAGGAAAUGACCCAUUCAUGGCCGCCUCCUUUGACAGCAAUACAUACGCCCAGUACAGCCGAGUCCUCCAAAUUUCCUUUUCCGACAAAGGAUUCUCAGCACAUCAGUUCUGCAACUCAAAACCAAAAACAAUAUGAUACAUCUUCAAAAAACCACACUAAUUCUCAGCAGGGAACAUCCAUGCUCGAAGAUGACCUUCAGCUCAGUGACAGUGAGGACAGUGACAACGAACAAAGCCCAGAGAAGCCUCCUUCUGCAUCUGCACCUCCAAGUGCUCCACAGUCGCUUCCAGAAGCCGCGGCCUCAGCACAUUCCAGUAGUGCCGAGUCAGAGAGCACCAGUGACUCAGACAGCUCCUCGGACUCGGAGAGCGAGAGCAGCUCAAGUGACAGCGAAGAGAAUGAGCCCCUAGAAACUCCGGCUCCUGAGCCCGAGCCUCCUACAACCAACAAAUGGCAGCUGGACAACUGGCUGACCAAAGUGAGCCAGCCAGCAGCAGCGCCGGACGCCCUGGGGAGCGCGGAGCCUCCGCCUCGGCACCCAGAGAGUAAGGGCAAGGGCGGGGGCGACGGCGGCGGUGGUGCCGCCAGCCACGAGCGCUCGGAAUCCAAAGAUCCUGCCCUCAAGAGCUCCGGCAAGGGCCCUCGGGGCCCCUCGGAAGGCCUGCACGCCGGCAAGAGGAGCUGUCAGAAGUCCCCCGCCCAACAGGAGGCUCCCCAGAGGCAGACCGUUGGAAACAAACAGCCCAAAAAGCCCGUCAAGGCCCCUGCGCAGGCAGACUCGCGGGCCAGCCUGCAGGUGGAAAGUGAGCCGGGACCCCCUCCCUACGGCUCCAAAGACCAGCCUUCCAAAGACAAGCCCAAAGUGAAGACGAAAGGGAGGCCCCGCGCAGGAGACGGCCGAGAGCCCAAGCCCGCAGCGCCCGGCCCCAGCCCCAGCCCAAGCCCCAGCGAGAGGAAGAAGCACAGGAGUGGGCCACUGGCCCCCUCGAAGGCGCUCUCGGGCCCGGAGCCCACGAAGGACAAUGUGGGGGCCAGGAGCCCCGAGCACUUUGCCCUGGUCCCCUUGACCCAGAGCCAGGGCCCGCCCCAGGGCGGCGGUGGAAGGACUAGCGGCUGCCGGCGUGCCGUGGUUGUCCAGGAAGACCGCCGGAAGGACAGGCUCCCGGGGCCCACGAGAGACCCCAAGCUGCUCUCCCCGCUCAGGGACACCGCUCCCCCGCCGAUCUUGAUGGUGAAGAUAACCCUCGACCUUCUUUCUCGGAUACCCCAGCUUCCUGGGAAAGGGGGCCGCCAGAAGAGACCGGAGGACAAGCAGCCCGCCACAGGGAAGAAGCCUGAUCCCGAGAAGAGAGGCGCAGACAGUUCAAGCAAGUUGGCCAAAAAGAGAAAGGGUGACACAGAGAAAGACCAUGAUAGCAAGAAAGCCAGACUGGAGAAAGAAACCAAGGCACAGCCAUCAUGUUCAUCUUCCCACAAAGAUUCUUCUAAAAUAAAAACACCCAGGCCCUCCUCUGAGCCCUCAAAGAAGGAAAUGCUUUCCCCCCAACUUGUGUCCUCCUCGUCCUCGUCCUCAUCCUCCCAGAAGCCAGCCAAGCCUGCACAAAAGAGGCCAAAGCGGGAAGCGGACCAGGACCCUCCCCAAAGUGCCAGUAGUAGCAAGGGCAGCCACAAAGACUCCUCUGCUCCGAAGCACAGAAGAGUGGAGGGGAAGGGAUCUGGAAGCUGUACAGAGCACAAAGGAUCUUCUGGAGAUACUGCAAAUCCUUUUCUAGUGCCUUCUUUGCCAAAUGGUAAUUCUAAACCAGGGAAGCCUCCAGUGAAGCUUGACAGACAACAAGCAGAUUUUCACAUGAAGGAGGCCAAAAAGUUGAAGCAAAGAGCAGAGUUAAUGACAGACAAGGUUGGGAAGGCUUUUAAGUACUUGGAGGCCGCCUUGUCCUUUAUCGAGUGUGGGAUCGCCAUGGAGUCGGAGAGCCCGGCGUCCCAGUCAGCUUACUCGGUGUACUCAGAAACCGUAGACCUCAUUAAAUUUAUAAUGUCAUUAAAAUCCUUCUCAGAUGCCUCAGCUCCACAAGAGAAAAUACUUGCUGUUUUAUGCAUGCGUUGCCAAUCCAUUUUGAACAUGGCGAUGUUUCGUUGUAAAAAAGAUAUAGCAAUAAAGUAUUCUCGUGCUCUUAAUGAACACUUCAGCAGUUUUUUCAAAGUUGCCCAGGCACCAUCUCCAUGCGUUGCAAGAAGUACAGGCACACCGUCCCCUCUUUCCCCAAUGCCUUCUUCUGCCAGCUCCAUGGGUUCCCAGUCAAGUGCUGGCAGCGUAGGGAGCAGUGGGAUGCCUGUCACCAUCCAAAACAUGACAUCUUCUUAUGUCACCAUCACUUCCCAUGUCCUUGCCGCCUUUGAUCUUUGGGAACAGGCUGAGGUCCUUACGAGGAAGAAUAAAGAAUUUUUUGCUCAGCUCAGCACAAGUGUGUGUGCCUUGGCCCUCAACAGCAGUUUGAUGGAUCUGGUGCACUAUACAAGACAGGGUUUUCACCGGCUAAAACAAGCAACCAAAACACCUUAACGGAGGCCCAAGUUGAUUUGAUGGCUUGGGAACUUUUUUGCACAUUGAAAGCCUCAAAAACAGUUCAGACAUUUGUCUCAUCAGGACACCAAACCAAGAAGAGAAGCACCGUGAGAUGGCCAGGACAUUUGUCCACUUAAACUUUCAAGAACUUAAGUGAUCAUUGGUUGGACACGGUGGUUAUGCAGGAGCAGAAUGAGGAGGCUGGCCUCAGAGAUGAUCUUGCCUUCCCUAACUAAAGGACAGAAGUGCAAUGUAGACUUAAGUGGGCGUAUGAGUGGUCUAGAAACAUUUCCAUACUUUUUUUAACCAGCAGGAUGCAAAUUGCAAAUGAAAUGAGGAGAAGCAGUUUCAGCUCUGAGAGCAAGUUCAUGUCAUCUCAGUAGCCACCUUAGUCCAUUCCCAGAAGGAAAUUUUUUAAACAGUGAAUUUUGGUGUAGGGUUUUGUGGAUGAUUUUUUUUUUUCUUUUAAGUUUAGGGGGGAAAUACUUGUUUAGUAAAUUCUAAUGGUCAUCUAUAAAGCGUAAGUUGUGAAGGACUCCACUGUACCCCACUUUCUGCCCGUGAACAAUCACUUUGAUAAUACCAAGUAUUGUCAUAAUUUAUAAAAUUGAAGGCAACUCCCCCCCCUCCCCCGUCCCCAUCCCCCAACCCUCCUGUUGCCUGGAGUACCGCACGUUCACCCCAGCUCCGAUUUCUCAGUCACUGCUGCAAGUCCGCCUACACCAGAGCUGCGGAGGGAGGGGCUACCGCACACCGGGAAGCCAUCUUGAGAUCGCAUGCGCAAUGGAGGACACGGCGCUGCCAUCCCCACCACCCCGCUUCCGUGAAAGGCAGUCACCAUUGACUAUAUUAUGAAUUUUCUACCUUGGGGAAGAAGGGAACCAACGUUUAUACCUGACCAGAUGAUGGCUAAAGUGCUUUUUAAUGUUUAUUUGAGUAGAGCUGGAAUUUGAGGUGCUGAUCUGUGGUCUACAGUUAUGUGGUAACUCAUGUUGUCUAACCAACUCAGAAUUUUGUCAGCAAAGAAAAAUGAAAUCUACUUCUUAGGCUAUAUUUUUCUGCUACAAAUUAUUUUAUAUUUAUAGCAAAAAGUAGACUUUCUGAGCCCUUGAUUGUCUACGGUAAAUCAACUCCCUGAGAGGAUGUGGGGAUUUGGGUGGUUAAUUAGACUUAAAAAAAAAAAAAAAAAAAAAAAAAGUCACCACAUGCCUUCACUCCAAAGUGUUCUCAGUCAACUAGAUUUGAUUGGAUUAAAGAGGAGCUGUGGCCUUCCCAUGUGCUGUUAGUGCCAUGUUAUAGACAUUUAACCAAGUUCAUUUGGAAUGACCUAGAAUGAAAACACGAUCAAAAUUCCCACAUAACCAUAAGCACAGAUUUUUUUAAUUAAAACUUUGAAGGUUAUUGGAAGCAUUGUUUUGAGUGCAGUGUUUUUAAAAGCCAAUUCUUUAUAUCUCUUUUAGAAGUAGAAUUUGCACAUGUACUAAAAUUGAGGAGUGAGUGUUACCUCUGUAGUUGGUUCAUUUUCCACUACCUUUACCCCAUUCUGCCCCUCUACAUUUUGUUUCCUACCAAGAACGUUUUGUCAUUUUCGUAUCAUUAAUGAAGAAGGGAGUAAUGAACAGGUUGAAGGUCCAUAUGAGGAAUGUAAGUUUUGGUCUAUCUUUAAAGGGAUGUGUAGAGGGUGGGAGUCAUGAUUAUUUUUCACAUAUGAACUGUUUGUGUGAAGCUGUUCCCUCAGUGUCUUAUCCAACCUAUUUUGUUACCAGUAGCUAGUUCAGAGGUUUGUUACCUCAUGUUUAGGUUAAAGCCGGAGAAUUACGGCAGUAGUAAUACCUGAGCGUAAGAAUUUGAUGUGUGAUUUCGAUGGACAGAUUACCUUUAUCGAUGUUCUAAAGCACGGCCAUUUAACAAAACUUUUUGUUAAAUGAACAGUAAUUGCCUGGUGGGUUGUGGCAUUGUGUCCAUCUCAUAAAAUGUGGGAGACCAGACACCAGAAUCAGCUUUAUGUGAUUAUUUAAUGCCUUUUUCCCCUUAUUCACUUGGCCUUCCCUCUCCCUUUUACCCCACCAUUCCCCAAUGCAAGUCACCUGUCAGUUUGGAAGUGUGUGUUUUUUAGGACAGGUUCUGAUCUAUGCAGAUUGUGUUGGAGAGAGAGAAAGAGAGAGAGAAAGAGUGUGUGGGUGUGUGUGUGGUCUUCCGGUGAAAGACAGUGCUCCUGUGACUGAAGACGUUUCUAAGUCGAUUUCUCAGCCACUUGUAAAAAAAUAAAUAAACCUGAUUGCUUUUUCAGUGGCCUUAUUCCUUGUGUGUAGCGUUGCCCCCACCCUGACCUUUAUAUUAAAAAUUUAUUUGUCCCUUGAAAAAACAUUAAUUUGCAGAGAUCAAUUUGUAGUAUUUUGAUCAUGGAAUAUUUCUGAUUCUUACUGCAUUGUACCUAAAAGAGGAUUCCCAAUGGCUACUUUUAAAAUAGAGUAUAUGAAAAAUAGUGGCUGAUGAGUCCUUAAUGUUCAUAAGGUCUUUUUCCUGUUACAGUUGUAUAUAGAAGUCUAAAGAAUUUUUAAAAUCGCUGCACUUUUUCACUGCAUGCUUAAAUUCCCAAAGGCAGAUUUUUUGUACUGAGGUAGAUGGUUGAAAGGACUAGAUUAUAAAAUGAGACAAAUACAAAACAUCUUAAGAAGUGAAAAUCUUGCCUUUGGCACUACAGUUGUGUGUGUGUGUGUGUGUGUGUGUGUGUGUGUGUGUGUGUGUGUGUGUUACUAAGAAAUGGAAGAACACUGUUUUACUUUUUAAAAUGUUGAAUGUUUCUGUCCUUUCUGGAGAUAAUUAAAAUGUGAAUCACUGAACUUGAGAUUUUAGCCAGACUAGGGGCCCUGCUAAACAAUGAAAAACACUUCACUGAAAUUUACCAAAUCACACUGGGUUAAGAAUGUGAAAACACUCACCACAUGCUGGCUGUGGUGAGGAAGUGGGGGUCCAGCAGGUAUAGUAUCAAGAAGAGAACUGCAAUAGAAUGGUUUAUCUGACAUACUCAGUACUGAAUGAGACUGAAUGAGUCUGAUUUUUUAAGCCAAAAGGACCUUGAUUUUAUAGAUCUGUUUUGACCAAAAUAUUUAGCCUUUUCCUGUAGACAAAUUAGAACACAUUUAUAUCCUUUAAUUCCAGAUCUCAGGCUGUUGAGAAGCUAACAAUUGACCCCUUUCUGGCUGAAAACUUGCCUUAAUUGGUACCUUAAAUAUUCAUGUUAGAAUUGGGAGCUUAUUACUCUUGUUAGGUUUCCUGUCCAAUAAUUUUUAGAACUAAAAAGAUUAACCAUUAUGUCCUCCAAAACGAACAGCUCUUCUUAUAUCUGAUAGAUGAAAGGAGAUGUGUGUGUGUGUUGUAUGUGUUACAUAAACAUUCACACACACAAGAAUAUGAGGCUGGUUGAAUUGGAUGUAUUUACUGUGCCUUUGUUGACCAAACAUAAUUUUGAAGUAAUGGUAAUUUGGGGAUAAUGCUGUAUUUAUUUUGAUACGGCUUUAAGACCUGUUAAUGUGGGUCUUAAAUGUUAAUGUGUACCUUUGCUCUUCUGCUUCAUGGAGUGUGAUGCAUAUUUGUAUACCUUAAGGUAAAUGAAUCCAAUAAGGCUUGAUUCCAUACCUCCUAUCACAGAUUCUACUUUUUUUUUAAGGAUUUGUUUUCCCAGACACUACACAAAUCUUUGAAAAACUUUGCCACUUCAUCUACUACACUCUUUACUAUCAAUUACCAACAUUUAAAUUUUGCAAGAAUAUUUGGGCUUCUUUUAGAAACAAAUGCAGAGAUUCACUCCCUGGAAAGUGAGUUCUGCAUAGUGGCCAUGGAGGAGGAGUGUCAGGAUUAUGGCGGUACUUACUCCUUUGUUCCCUUUCUGUGGUGGGUUGCCUCUUUUCAUUGUUUUUGGUUCUAUUGAGAAUUGAUGUAAGGUUUUUUCCUGUGCCUUUUUUAUCUUCUGUCAUUUUGUUUGCUGGAGGUGGACUGGCAGAAUAACAUGUCGGGGGAUUUUCCUUCAAACAUUGCAAGUGGUAUUUCUACCGUAUAAACCUCCAGUAUGCAAUCCAGUUGUGUUGGUUUCUUGGUGACUAAGAACGAUGACCACUGGCCAUGUUCUUUAGUUUUUGUGAUGAGUUGAGAAGCACCAUCUACUUAAGGGAGCUGUGAAUUUCCUGUCGUCCUAGGGAAAUCACAAUAUGUUCCACUGUGCGCCAGAUAUCAACAGGUACUGUGAUGGGCAGAAAAGUGCCUAUAUUUCUCUACCCACAAGGGCAGGAAGAAGACCUACAGCUCCCCGUGAGCCUAGAUGGUACUAUAUUGGCCUGGAAGGACAAGGGAAUAAGACCACUGGCAGCAAGGUGGCCAUGCUGCCCUGGUGAGACCGGGCAGUGGCUGACCUAAGGAAGAUAACUUGCUUUGCUUAAAAGUAGAUGUUGAAGUGAUGCUUAACACAGGCAGUAUUAACUUCGCCUUUUGUUCAGGCCAUCAACAUGUAUUGUUAAAAUUACUGCACAUCCCCCCUCAGAUAUCAAGUAUACACUGUUCAUGUUGGUGUGUGUGUGUGUUUAUAGGCAUGUGUCCCAAAUCUUUUUGUUGUUUUGUUUUUGUUCUUUUUUUUUCUGAAUGUGAUCAUGUUUUGGAUGAUACCUGAGCAGGGUUGCCUUUUUUUUUUAUUUAUUACCAUUAUAUAUUAUAUUAUAUUAUAUAUUUGUUGCUUUCUUAUAACUUUAGAGGAAGUCAAAUCUUGGUAUUAAAAUUGUUUAAAAAAGGAAUAAAAUUGUCCAGUUGAUAAAUGAUCACUGGUCUAAAAUAUGAAUUUUUCUUUAGUUAUUGUGGAAUAAUGUGCCAGCUGUCUAGUCCAUACAGUGAUUUUGUAUGUAGGAUAGGGAAGCAGUGAUGCUCUCAAUGGGAAGAUGUGCAACACAAGGGGACUCCAUGUAUUUUAUCUACUUCAGCAAUGGAACUGCAACUUGGGGCUUUUGUGAAUAAAAUUUAGCUGCCUUGUAUAGUCCUUUGAAAGAGACAUGUGAUCUGUGAAAAUUAUAGUUUUCUUUUUUUAGAAGAAAAAUUUGCAAAAGAUCUUUCCAAAGAUAACUGUGCCACAGAUCUUUUGUUUGUUCUCUGUAAUGAGGAUUAAUUGCUGUUUAAAAAAAAAAAACAAAAACAUGUAAUUGACUUGUUAAUCUUCAAAUUGUUUCCUUUUCACAAGAGGAUCGAGCUGUAAAAAAAAAAUUAAUAAAAAUUUAGAGAAAUUGUUGGGGUUGAA